AUGGUUUUAACACAAAGCUUAUGUGCUAGAAUAAUAACACCUACAACAGAUUAUGGAGGCUCUACUUUUGAUGUUUUAAAAUAUGGUGCUAUUGGGGAUGGCAAUACUGAUGAUUCAGAAGCAUUUGUAAAAGCAUGGCAAGAUGUUUGUACGAGUCAAGAUAAUCCAACACUUAUUAUACCAAAGGACAAAACAUACUUCUUACAACCUUUAAGAUUCCAAGGACCAUGCAAAUCUGCUACAGUUAAAGUUGAGCUUGGAGGAACUAUCAUUGCCCCAAAAAACAUGGAAGAUUGGAAAUGGGCACAAGAUAACGUUCUAGUAUGGAUCAGUUUCGAGCACAUAUAUGGUCUUGUUGUCAAUGGGGAAGGACAAAUUAAUGGUCAGGGUGCUCCAUGGUGGAAAGAGUAUCCUAAUGAUGAAAGUAAAAGACCUUCUGCUUUUAAAUUUAUCAAGUGCGAAAGACUUACAAUUAGUAACUUGACUCAUUAUGAUAGUCCAAAAAAUCAUAUGGGUAUAAGUUCAUGCAAAGAAGUUUUUAUCUCCAAUCUUAAAAUGAUUGCACCAGAAGAUAGUCCUAAUACCGAUGGAAUUGAUAUUGCAAACUCGUCCAAUAUCACAAUUAAAGAUUCAACAAUCACAACUGGUGACGAUUGUGUCGCCAUUAACACUGGUUCCUCCUUCAUCAACAUAACUGGUGUUUUUUGUGGACCUGGCCAUGGCAUCAGUGUUGGUAGUCUUGGAAAAAAUGGAGAAUAUGCCGAAGUAGAAGAUGUAUAUGUUAAAAAUUGCACUUUUACGAGAACUUCAAAUGGAGCCAGAAUCAAGACAUGGGAGGGAGGAAAUGGAUAUGCAAGAAAGAUCACAUACGAAGAUAUUGAAUUUAUCGAAGUCAAGAACCCUAUAGUUAUUGACCAGAGUUAUAAUCCUAAAAUAUACGAAGAUGUUGGCAAAGGCGUAGAAGUGACUGAUGUUACUUUUCACAAUCUACGUGGAACUUCGACCAAAGAUCCAAUCCAAUUAAAAUGUGAACCUACCAUUAGUUGCAUCAAUGUUGUAUUUGAUAAUAUUAACAUUACUCGUAUUGAUAAAGAAAAAUCACAUCCAUCGUAUAUCAGUUAA